AUUAGUUCGUUACAAGUGAAAUAACCUACUUGGUUUGUUAUGUUAGCCGACUUGAGUUUGUGAAUAGCUUUAAACGUUCUUCGUUAUUAAGUUGGAAAUUGUUUGAAAAAAAUAUUCAAAUACAUCUUAGUGUCUUGAUUUACUAUAAGUCGACUUAAAAAGGUAUGAUUUUAAAGUAAUGCCUCUUCAGAAAAAGAAAAUUGGUUGUUAUAAGGUAAGUCGAACUUUUAAAUCUUACGUAGAUUUUGACGCAGUUGACGAUGGUCAUGAUGCCGGUAAAACUAACGCCAGUAACGGGAGUCGGCUUGGCAUUGAUGAUAGUAGUAAGGAAAACUUCACAAGUGGCAGCAACUUGACAGUAGAUCUUACGAAUGGAGGAAGCAAAGAGGAAAAUCUGUUUCUUCAACCAAAACUUCUUCCUGGUGAAGUUGUUGUUAAAUGUAUGAACAAUGUCAUGAAGUUUGACAAUAUGAGUGACAAUAAAACUGGAAUAUCAGGGGCUCUUUGCUGUACCAAUUUUAAGCUGAGUUUUAUUACAUUAGAUGACUACCCAUCCAACUUGCGUUUGCGAAAUCUUUUACUUCAAGAAAAUGAUGUUUGUUUAAUGAAUAUUGACUCUGUAUACCAAGUCAUAAAUGGACGAAGGAAGAAACUUACUUCAUCAAUGAAUAUAUCUGGGGAUCUGAAGGCUGUUGAAAUACACUGUAAAGAUCUAAGAAUAUAUACAUUCAGUUUCAAGUUCUGCUCUCAAUGUGAUUCCAAAGAUCUGUUGAAUACAAUCCUUUAUCAUUCUUCUCCAGGACAAGUACAACUGCUGUUUGCAUUUGAUUAUGUAGGAUUUCAAGCAGUGAAGUCUGUUCAUCCUUCUUCCUGGACAUUCACCAUGAUCCAGGAUUGGGAGACUGAGUUAAAAAGAUGUGGAUGUACUUCUUGGAGAGUCUGCUUGAGUAAUGAAAAUUUUAAUAUAUGUGAAAGUCUUCCUGAAGCAUUUGUAGUUCCAGCAGCAAUUCUUGGUAAAGAUGUUAACAACUUAGCUCCUCUGUGUAAUGGACGUAGGUUUCCAACAUGGAGCUGGGGUACAUCAGAUGGGAAUGUGCUUGUUCGCAUGUCUGGUGUUUUUGAUAUAGAACGACAGAGCCAAAUUUUAGAAACUAUAAAAAAGGGAAUUCCACAACCCAGCAGCCUACAAUUAUUUAGUCUAGAUGAUUUGUGUCCAUCAGUUCGAGAAAUUAAUUAUAGUUACAUUAAACUUCAAGGAAUCUGUAAACCAGAAAAUGCACACAGUUACUGGAAACAAGAAUCAACAUACCUCAGUUCUCUUGAAUCUAUACACUGGUUUCAUUAUCUGUCAGCAUGCUUGGAAACUACUCUGAAGAUUGCUAAAAGCAUGGCUAGUAAAAAAGACUCUGUUAUCAUAAAAGAGUGGGAAGGACGAGACUUGUCUUGUGUUAUCUCAAGCUUGGUGCAGAUUCUUCUGGAUCCAUUUUUUAGAACUCAGUAUGGUUUUGAAUGUUUGGUACAGAAAGAAUGGGUUGCACUUGGACAUCCUUUUCAAGAGAGACUUGGCCAACUUGGAGUAGAGGAAGGAUGUAAGUCUCCAGUGUUUCUUCUUUUUUUGGACUGUGUGUGGCAAAUUCUCCAGCAAUUUCCAUCCAGCUUUGAGUUUACAGAAACCUACCUUACUAAUCUGUGGGACACGGUACACAUAAGUUGUUUUGAUACUUUUCUUUUCAACUGUCACAGAGAACGAGCAAAUGCAUAUAGUAAGUUCUGUGAACUGCGUCGGCUACAGUCAGCAUGGGAUUGGUCCCUUCAGUUUACAAAGCAGGACAUGAUUUUUUUCAAAAAUCCUUUGUAUAUUCUUACAGCCCAAGAAGGCAUUAGUCAUUCUAGACCUUGGUCACUUGCUUGUGAUGGUCCAUUGAAAUCUCAUAUUCGGCCACUAACUCUUGCAAAGAAAGCAGAAGACAGAGAAUCUGAAUUGUUAGAGUUGGAUCCUUCAGUGAUGAACAUGCAGCUGUGGAGACAGUGCUACCUACGUUGGAUACCAUUGGCUCAGGUGGUUGGAGGAGAUCUUCCACUUGUGUAUCUUCAAAAUUUAGUUAUUUGGGAUGAAAUCUGUGCAUUACAGAAACUUUUAGAAUCACCACAAGAACCUGUAAAUCUUCGUCAUCGUCGUGUGGCAUCUGAUAAUACUCUAUAUAGAAGUGAAGUUGACAGUUCUGGUGGUGUGAAAAAUAAUACUCGUAUUGUUACAUCGUCCUUCCCUUACUCUCCAAUUGGGCCCUUUGAUUGGGGGCAUUUUCACAGGGUUCCUUCAAGUUCUUACCUCCAUGUGGAUGUGGUUGGUGUAGAUGAAGAACUGGAUGAGUGACCUUUCAAUAUUAUUAAGCAUGCUUUAAUUAAUAUUCAAUGAUUAGUUGUUAAAAUUAAAUUAACUGCUGUUAAAGUGAACUGAUUUUUAUCAUAAUAUAAAGAAACCAAAUAAUUUAUAUACCAAAUAUGUCGUAGUUAUUAAGAUGUAAACAUGGAUUUUUAAAUGUUCUUUAAUUGUUGACAAAAAUGUUUUUUUUUUUUACACAGCUAAUUUUAAUUGAUUUUUUUUUUUAAUUUCAGUAAGAAACUGACUUUCAGAAAAUUUUCAGUUCUGUGACAAAGAAUGUAAAUUUUUAUAACUAAUUAAAGCCUUUUGGGUUAUAGUUCUGUUAUAGUAAUAAAAAUCAUCCAACAGUUAUAUAAAACGUGAUUUUUGGAGCCAUGAAAUACACAGAAAAAAUACCUGGGGGUUUUGAGGCUAUAAUAUGUAAAAUGGAAAAGAAAAAAUUAUCAUUUUCUAUAGUUCUUCAUAUUCCUCCUUUGGCUAAGUGGUAAGUCUGAAGACUUCUAACACUAAAAGCCUGGUUUGGAUACCCAUGGUGGGCACAGCACAGAUAGCCCAUUGUGUAACUUUGUGCUUAACAUCAAACAAACAACUUCUUCAAGUAUGGUAUUUUGUUACAUUAGUAAAAGCUAACUUUCUGGAAAGGGGUAGACAUUAGAAACUCCUAUGGGAAAAUCCAGACCACAAUUGGGCCUAUAUUUUUAGUUUAUAAAAAAUGAGUAUCAUUGGGGUAAAAAACUUCAUAAAUCAACAACCAUGUUUUUUCUGCUGGAGUGUUAAAUAGGUUUGCAUUUUAUUUUUUAUCCACAAAUGACAUAAGAUACUCGU